GAUUGACGCCUCACUUCCAAUGAACCUCAGCUGAGAAGAAGUAGGAAUUACUACUACGUUUUCUUGCCUGUAAAUCUUCGCGGAAAGUCGGACUAUUUCACCCGCGGACUCUCACGGCCGUCCAGCUCGACCCGUCUCGUCUUCAGCCGUCUUGGCAGACAAGUCGUCAAACACCGACGCGCUUCUUUCUCGUGCUUUGAAUAAGGAAAUAGUGCCUUGCUAACGUUAUGUAGCAAGCUAAUCUCAUUUCACUGUCGGAAACCCAACUUUCAUUUCUCAGUCGCUACACGGCCCGGCGGACAGGCAUGACCGAGUACAAACUUGUGGUGGUCGGGGCUGGAGGUGUGGGGAAGAGCGCUCUCACCAUCCAGCUGAUCCAGAACCACUUCGUGGACGAAUACGAUCCCACCAUCGAGGACUCGUACAGAAAGCAGGUGGUGAUCGACGGGGAGACAUGUCUGCUGGACAUCCUGGACACUGCGGGUCAGGAGGAGUACAGCGCCAUGAGGGACCAGUACAUGAGGACUGGAGAGGGCUUCCUCUGUGUGUUCGCCAUCAACAACACCAAGUCCUUUGAGGACGUUCACCUUUACAGAGAGCAGAUCAACCGGGUGAAGGACAGUGACAGCGUUCCCAUGGUGCUGGUGGGGAACAAGAGCGAUCUGAGCACCCGCACGGUGGAGACGAGGCAGGCCCAGGAGCUGGCCCGCAGCUACGGCGUGCCGUUCGUAGAGACCUCUGCUAAAACCCGACAGGGUGUGGAGGAAGCCUUCUAUUCGCUGGUGCGGGAGAUCAGAAGAUACAAGGAGACCAACCGCAGCAACAAGAAGAGCAAGAAGAGCAAUCAGAGACGUUGCAUUAUACUAUAGCACACACGUACAAGCCAGCAUCCCUGAGAGCACUUGUAUCGUACUGCCCCCCUUCCACCCCCCCCACCCCACCCCGACUUGCACACUGCUCCUCUCUGUGGAGGCGUCGGUGACCGCUUCUAUGGUCGCCAUGUUUGUCAUUUAUUCAGUGUUCAUCUGCUUAAGGAGGAUUUUACUGUAUGCUGUGCAGAACUGCUCUUUGCACAACAACGUGGGGGGGAGGAGCUCUAUCUGCCUUUUGCAUUAAUUUGGCUUCUUUUUUCUUUUAAUCAAACCCUAGGGUUUGAUGCAAGAGAACAAAUACAUUCAAUAUAGUUUUUUUUUUUUUUUUUUUUUUUUUUUCAUGGGAGAACAUUUCCUCAUUGCUUUGGUCAGGUUUUUCCACGGAUUAAAUAUAUUUGUUUUGCCAUCGUGUACUUUAUUAAUAGAACAUUGUUGCCUCUGAAACACAACAGCGGCAGGUCCUUCUGCUAAAACCUUCAGACCGCGUUUCAGUCUCCCCUGCUUCACUUUAUACUUUUCAGUUUGUGUUUAUUAGACGUCAGGAUGAGUUUGUGCCACUUUCAAAGUUGACUCAGGAAUAUGCUUUUAUUUUAGUUUUUUUUUUAUUUUUCCUCCCCAGGCACAGAGUAAAAUGACUGCAGGCCCGUAAAACUGGCAUCAUGCGUAACAGUCGGUGUCGGUCGUUGCAUUUCAAUCUCGCUUGUCUGCACACACACACACUCUGUUACAGCACCUCAUCACCGCCGCAUGUGGGUUGUGAAAAACAUUUGCGUGGUAGAACUUGCACACUCAUGCUUUCAGCCAGCGUUUCAUUUUCUGAUUGUGCGCGACGCUGGGUGGCCGGUUUUAAAAACAAAAAGGUUUUUGAUCAUUUGUCACUAAUAGUUUUCUAUUUUUGUAAAACUACUUGAUGCAUCUCCCCCCAUUCCUCUCCCAGUGUAAGAAAAAUAAAAGAUAUAUAAUGCUGAAUGCACAGUAAAUUAAAAAA